GCACUCUAUUAAAGUCUCUUACAUUGCACUCUAACAAUUUAUCAGAUCACUCUGAUUCCGCGCUAUCAACAUUCCCACUGUUAACCCUAAGGAUAUUGAGACCACCACUAUUCUCGAAAUGAAGGUCGAUUGGCUUCCUGGGAAAACCCAGACCAUUAUGUCCGUUAAUUGUGAAGGAAUUCCAACCAUAUUGAUCGAUCCGACCCCGUCUAGCGGCAACCGAUGGUCACCCAAGAAAUUCGCUGAGGCUUAUCGGGUUAUCAACCGCACCUUAUCUUCACUACUACAGACGGAGAUCAGCCAGUUCAUUGAUAAGCCGUGAGAAAAUUUCGCCGCACUGUAACGCAAGUUUGAAGCCCUGACCAAAGAUGAUAUACAGACAUUAGAAUGGAAACUGAACCGCUUCAUGCAAGAACGGAAGGAAUCUUGCGCCAGUCUUAUUAGUUGUCUCAACACGUCAUUUGUGAAAUUCAAAUGCGCCGUAGCUGUAAACGAUGAUAAUCAGACUGUUGAGAGUACGUUGAAGGCACCCGCUAUGAUAACCAUGUCGUACGAUGAGCUUACUAUUUAUCUCAUUGCAUUGGAUCCAGACGAAAGUGGCCCAUCAAUCAUUGUGUACGGUGCACAUGCAGCUAUAUCGACAGGAAAUUGUUCAUUCUGCAAUAACCGUGGACAUUCCAUCCGGCAAUGCCGUAAGCUACAAGCGCUAAUCAAAUCGUGUGUUGCUGGUAAACCACGUGUUCAGGGUCGUAAUCUCGACGGUCGUAUACCUUACGAUCGACGUAUUGACAAAUCUGUUCCUCGUCACGACAUGCGAGACUACAGAUAUUUGUCCAAGAAUAAUGACAAGUAUAACCGACCUGAUUCAGAUAGUGGCUACCGUACACGUGAUGAACGAUACAACAGAAACAACUGCUACCAAUACCGCUACGAUAAUCACGAUGAUCAUGACCGACAAGACUACCGAGUAGAUAGAUACAAUCGACGCGACGAGAUACCCAACGUUCCGUGACAGAACAUACCAAUCCCAUAGCAAUCGACGCCAAGCUCAUGAAGGCAGACAGGACAAAGCAAUGUCAGCACAAGUGUCUGAUGACCAGCUACCUGCUAACGUGGCUCAGCUAGGAAACCUGGGGGAUCUACUCAUCGAUAUGACAUUUAAAACUGUAACACUGAGUAAAAGCUUGCUCUCAGCGCGACAUUACUCAUUUAAAUCCACCAACAACAACAUACAUAUUACUCCCAAGCUUUGGAACCAUAACAGUGCAUGAAAAGCAGAGAAUAUGCUGCGUGCACAUCGACGAUAUGGCUGAAACCAUCGCUCGAGAAAUCCAACCAGAUUACAUGGCACGACAGACUAACACACCCCAACUAACACAAGGCAACCAGAGGAACGAUGCAAAGCAUGUGUGAACUUCGAUGGAAAUUACUAGGUUUCAAACUAUAUUAAACUAAAAUACAAUUUAGUCAGUUAGGAUUUAGCAGUGGUAGCUUGUGUAAGAAUGAUCGGGACUGCCUCUUGUUAAGAGCCUAAAUAUCCUCGACCAAAAUCUAUAAGUAGUAGUUCGG